AUGGCUUCCAGCGACAUGGGCGAAGAUGGUGUUGACCACAUCCUGGAGCCGCUGUGUUUCCCAGAGCAGUUCCGUGCUCCUUAUUCCGGUCAACCCGGCAAUCCAGAUUCCAGUAACCCCGGAUCGUAUUGUGGCAGCACAGACACCCUUUCGUGUCUCUUCUGCUCAGAGUCGCUUCCGGUCACGCACAGGGAUAUUUUCCUCAAACAUCUUCUGCUGCAGCACAAGUUGGUCAUUGCUGAUGUCCGACUUGUCGCAGACCUCCCAAAGUAUCUGCUGUACUGGAAAGGCCGAUUCCUGGAGCAGCCCGUCACUGAUUUCUGUAGUGAGAUCAAGACCAACUCCACCGGGCCUGUUGAAAAACAAGAGCGUUAUUUCCUGCUGUGCGAUGUCCUUCCGGAAGACCGCGCCCUUCGGGAGAAGCUCCAGCAGAAACGUCUGGAGGAGGUGCUGGAGCAGCAGCAAAAAGAGCGAGAAGACUGCAGCUUCCGUCGCGUGUGCAUGUUCUGCAAUGACGAGUUCACGGGAAACAGGUCCAAGCUUCUGAACCACAUGGCUCACGAGCACGCGUUCAACAUCGGGCUUCCCGACAACAUCGUCUACUGUAACGAGCUUCUGGACACGCUGCAGAGCAAAGUGGACAACCUGCAGUGUUUGUACUGCGAGAAGACAUUCAAGGACAAAAUGACGCUGAAGGAUCACAUGAGGAAAAAAGCACAUCGCCGAAUCAACGCCAGCAAUAGACAAUAUGAUCAAUUCUACAUAAUCAACUACCUGGAGCUGGGAAAGACCUGGGAGGAAGUGCAAAGCGAAGAUGACCGUGAGCUGGUGGAUGACAAAGACGAUGACUGGUCCGAUUGGCGUGCUUGUCCCAUUUCUGCCGUCUGUUUGUUUUGCGAUCAUCAGCAUGACACCAUGGAUGACAUCUACGCCCACAUGAAGGAAGCGCAUGGCUUUGAUCUCCAACAUCUGAAGGCACAUCUCAACUUGAGGUUCUACCAGCAGGUAAAGCUGGUUAACUUCAUCCGGCGUCAGAUCCAUCAAAACCGCUGUUAUUCCUGUCAAGACAAGUUCCGCUGCAGAGAAGAUGUUAUGAGACAUCUGCAGGACGAACGUCACACGAUGGCUCUGCCACCUAUCGCAACCUGGAACCAACCUCAGUACUACUUCCCUACCUACGAGAAUGACGCACUGCUGUGCGCACUGCCCGACAGUGAUGGCGAGGAGAGCGACGGGCGAGCGGGAGAAGACAGCGUCCCUGUCAUUGCCGAGGAUGUGUUGGAUGCCAGGCUCAUCAAGGAGAACAGCGUCCUCAAGAAUCUGCUCCGAAAGACCACUUGA